UGUUUAAUUGUGCACGAAUGUUAUAACCUGUUUCCUAUAAGCUUUGGUUUCGAUAGCAAAAUCGAAAGUGAAAUAAUCCUCAUCAACAAACUACGAUCCUCCCAUCCGUUUUACCGAGAGCGUUUCGGUCUGUAAAAUGGCUUCACUUUCUCCAACUGUUUUAGAACAAAAAGGAGAGGAUCAUAGAUCGUUGCGGGCUACAGUCUGCACUGUAAACAUUGAUAAUGUGGACGUUUUAAAACGUAAAUUAGGACGGUAUUUUCAGAGUAAACAGUCAAAUGGCGGUGAAUGUAACGUAACUUUGCUCAAAGGAAAUGUUUUCAUCAUCACAUUCCUUGACGCUGAAGUUCGACAGCAAGUACUCGAUAAAAAAGAUCAUGAAAUACAGAUUGAAAAUGAGAAAUUGAAGCUCGUUGUCCACCCUUACAAGAUUUCAGAAUCAGACAAGGAAAACAGCAUUGCCUCUGAUAUACAGAAAAAUGCACAGAAGCACCUGGAAGAAGGUAUUCUAAAAUUGAGUAAGCCAAAUUCCAAAUAUUCAGUACAAAAGAUUUUCCUUGAAACAUCCGUUGUGGUGAACUCCUCUUUAUUCACCGAAGAGCAACUGCAGGAAAUGUACAAACGUAUACAUGUAAAUACAUCAUUGAAAUUACAUGGUACAGUGGUAAGAGGAGAAUAUGAAGACAUUGUGCAGUUUCAUCAGUAUCUUGAAGAGCUGUUGUCGGAUAAUAAACAUUUCACAGAAAACAGUGUUAGUGAAAUUUAUGAUGACACUGUACUAGAGAAAAGUAUAAAUGUUCCACGGGCCCAGUGUGAAUAUAUUUUAAAUACAAAUAAGAAAGAAAUUGAAAAUAUAGAAAAAAACUUCAAUGUAAAGAUAAAACUACAUGUGCUUUCGGCUCUUGAGUGCUCAGUUGCUUUUAUACCUGUAGAUGAGCAAGGCUGUGAAUUCAAGGCAAAGAAAUAUUUUACUGACUGUAUAAGAAAAAUAGCAUUUUAUUUGUCUCAGGAAAUUAUUCCUUUAGGUAGUGAACCUGAAGCCUAUGAAGAAAUGCUUAAGACCGCAAAACAAGAGUUUGGUAAAGUUUUCUUCAAAACAGAAGGAAAUAAAUUAGUUUUGCAAGGGCCUAAAGAAGAAAUUGAACAUGCAAAGAGGUAUGUAGUAGAAGAAAUGCAACUGUGUCAGAAAAGACAAGGUGCCAGACAUAGAAAGAGAAACACUGAAUUAAAAGAAGAGGAAGAUACCAUAAUUUUGUACGACCAUUUUAAGAUUCUUCAAAAUGUAUUUUCUAAGGAAAUUAAAGCACUUGGACAAAAAUUUGAUGUAUCAUGUGAAUUCACUCCAUCUGUAUCAUCACCUAACUAUAUGAAAGUGUUUUUCAAGCCCUUGUGUUUGAAUAGAAACUUUACCACACAUGCACGUCAAUAUUUUAUUGAUCUUUACCAGAAAUUUGCAACAAGCAUUACUGAGACAACUCUCAAAGUUCCUGAUGAUCAGGGAAAGAAAUUACGACAAGUAUUUGAUGAACUAAAAAACAAAAACCCACAUGUCAUAUUUAGGGAGAAAAAUGGGGCUUUUAGCCUUUUGGGUCUGUCCCACCAUGUGAUGUCUGCUAAAAUGCAUGUAAUGAGUUAUAUUGAACAUGCUGCAGAUGUUGGCACAACUAGUAGUCUGAAUGGAGAGGGCAGUGAUAGAUUACUGAUGGAAAUUGAUGGUUCAUCUUCCAAACAGUUUCAACAAGCAGCAGGAGCAAUGGAACAUGAGACUGAAAACCGCUGCCCCAUUUGUUUAGACAGCAUUUUUAGGAAAAAAACACUCAAAUGUAAACAUGAAUUUUGUGAUGAGUGCAUCAACCAAGCCUUGAAUGUCAAGCCAGUCUGCCCAAUAUGCAAUGCAUCUUAUGGCAUGAUCAAAGGUAAUCAGCCUGAAGGGAAUAUGACCUCGUCUGUGAUUUCUUAUCCUCUUCCUGGAUAUCAGUGUGGAACUAUUCAGAUUCUCUAUCAGUUUAACGGUGGCAUACAAAAGGAGAAUCAUCCAAAUCCUGGAAAACUGUAUUCUGGAACUGUUCGAAAAGCAUAUUUACCUGAUAGUAAGGAAGGAAAUGAGAUUUUAAAAUUGCUUGUAAAGGCUUUUAAACAGAAGCUGAUUUUUACAAUUGGACAAUCUCGCACUACCGGUGUGACUGAUACUGUUACCUGGAAUGACAUUCAUCACAAAACAAGCAUGACUGGGGGUCCAGAAAGCUUUGGUUAUCCUGACCCUGGUUACCUCAUACGUGUUCGAGAAGAGCUUAAAGCCAAGGGAAUUGAGUAAAUCAAGUAACUUUUCAGGCUAAAAGUUAAGUCCAGUAACUGCAGCACUUGAGUGCAACUAGUCAUGAGAAGUGUGCCACGAAGAAAAUAAAUGUUUUAUUGUUAUGAACAGCCCUAGUUAAGAUGAUCAACGUUAAUAUAAAACAGAUUCUGAAAUAUUCUGUAUGGACAUAUCGACAUUUUAUUGUAAUGACCCACUUUGUCUUUCAAAAUUGCGAAUACCUAUUUCAUAAUUAUUUCAUUAAGGAAUUUAAAUGUCAACAAUUUAGCAUUUUUAUUUUUAAAUUGCAUUUUAUAAACUUUAAAUUCAUGCAUUCUGUUGUGAUAAGUGUACUGUUUACUACACUGUCAUAGUCUAAAGCAUUUUAUUCUUGAAUUGCAGUCCAAACCUGUCAUACUUUUUUUCAAGUGAGAGAUGCAUGCAUAAUUUGUAACUUUUAGCACUAGAUCAUCCCCCUUAAGCCAUCAUAUAUUUUGCUAAGUUGCUGUAAGGAUGGAUGUGCCAUCAAUUUCCUUUCUAUAACCUUCUUUUCUAGUAAUAAUACUAGUUGUAAGGAGAGGCUGACACCCCAAACUUAGUGAAUUACUGCAGAAAGAUGCGGUGGGGUUAAAGAGGAACAUCAAUCUCCCCCUGUUAAGAAGAAUUAACCACAAUACAGAUUGUAGAAAGGAAGUUGUAUCCAUUUUAAUGGGGGGAAAGUGUGUUUAUGCUUGUGCAUGAAAAAAAUUCUGUAUUUGGAAAAGAAUGUAUACUGUAUUGUCUCAGUGAUGCAAGCGGUAAUGGAAAAUCACACUGAGCACUAAAAGUUGCAGAUGCCUCUUUAAAGAUGCUUGUUUUUUACUUUUAAUAUAUGAUGUACUUUUGUACGCAUGGUGUUUUUUUUUUAGUUGCUAGGAUCAAUAUAUAUUUUGUAAACCAAUUUAUUUAAUCUAUAUAUAUAGUCCCUCAUGGUUAGAAAGUGGUUGUGACUGUUAAGCAAAAGUAACUUAAAAUUUAGACAUUUGGUGCUAACAUUUGCAGAAUAUAAUCUUUCAUUUGCUGAGCUGUAUGUGUAUAAGUUAAAUUACAGUAACCCUUAACAUUUGCUGAAUUUGAUUUUUCCUUUAAUAGGUGUAUAAGCAUAUGUUUUAUUGCUGUAAACAUUAGUUUUCCAUUUGUUUGUUUUUUUCCUCCAUAUUUUCUGUAAAUGUAGUUCUGAUAAAACAAAGCUUUUCCCUUUAAAAUUAUACUUUAUUUCAUCUUUUGAUUAAAAAGGUUAUUGGACUUUAUAGACUCAUCCUAAAUAAAGCUGAAACAGUGGUUAUAAUAAAAGAUGAACGGGAAUGAAAAGUC